AUGGCUUCCAUCAAGAGCGUUUUCGCCAUUGGCCUUCUGGCCACCGCCGACAUUGUUGCUGGCCACGCUGCCAUCAUCGCCGCCACCGGUGAUGCUGGUGGACAGGGCAUGGCUCUGGGCAUUGACUCCAGCACCCCCCGUGAUGGAACCCGCCGUGAUCCUUUUCAGCAGGACAGCACUCGUUUCAAGGGCGAAGCUGCUGAUUCGUUUGGUGAAACUGUCGGUGGCGGCACCAACAACCUGGAGACAGGCACCAAGGCCAUGAUGGCCGAGACUGGCACCAUGCUUCCUCAGGUCUCCCCCGGUGGCUCCGUCGACAUGACCCUGCACCAGGUCAACGGUGACGGUGGUGGCCCAUAUGACUGUAUGAUCAACGCUGACGGUACCGGAGCCGACUGGACCAACAUCAACGUGGUCACCACUCCUCCGGGUCAGAACUCCCGCAACCGUGAGGGCGCCAUGACCGACUUCCCUCUCAAGGCUGCCAUCCCCGCCGAUCAGACCUGCACAGGCACAGUGGCCGGCCAGUCCAACGUGUGCUUGGUCCGCUGCCAGAACGCCGCUCGUGCCGGCCCAUUCGGCGGCAUUGUACCAGUCCAGAUGGCUGGUACCACCACGCCGGCUGCUGCUCGCCGCAACUUGAUGCUCGCCGUCAAGCGCUCCGACGACCUCCUCAGGAAGAUGAUCAAGCGCGCCCAGACCCCUUCAGCCGCCCCCGAGGACGACCCCGCCUACCUGGCCGAGCUCCGCGCCGACGGCGAGGAGAUCUAA